GUGGCCACACAAACAGGUUGCUAAAUUCAGUACUCAAGUGCUCUAUAGUAGUUUCAAGUAUGAAGACACUGGUGUGUUUCACAGAGAAAACAGCUUGAAAAGGGCUAAAGCCAACCCUAGGUUGGCUUAGGCAGAAAACAGAAAAGAAAUGCUGAACUUUACCAGAUGUCAACAUCUGAAACAGAUAACACAGAAGUGUUUUUCUAGUGCACUGGUUAAAGCGUGGACUCACACACAACUCUUGCUUUCACGAACCUUUGCAUGUGCAGAAACAGGGAAGGUAUGGCACUCAACCCACUCUCUUGUUGGAGACAAAAAUAUUAUCCUGAUGGGGCCUCCUGGUGCAGGGAAAACGACAGUAGGCAGGAUAAUAGGCCAUAAACUAGGUUGUUGUGUUAUCGAUGUGGAUGAUGAUAUCCUCGAGAAAACCUGGAAUAUGAGUGCUUCUGAAAAAUUGCAGGAUAUAGGCAGUGAGCAAUUUUUAGAAGAGGAAGGAAAAGCCAUGUUAAACUUGUCUGCAUCUGGAAGUGUGAUUUCACUCAGUGGGUCCAAUCCCAUGCAUGAUGCUAGCAUGUGGCAUCUGAAGAGAAACGGAAUUGUUGUAUACCUGGAUGUGCCUCUAGUAGAUAUAAUCAGUCGCCUGAAAUCAAUGAAAAUUGAUAGGAUUGUUGGUCAGAACUCUGGAACACCCAUGAGAGACUUGCUGAAACACAGAAGACUGUACUAUAAGAGGUGGUAUGAUGCUCGAGUCUUUUGUGAGAGCGGAGCUUCCCCUGAGAAGGUUGCCGACAAAGUGUUGGAUGCAGUGAAAAGAUACCAAGAUGUGGAUUCAGAGACAUUCAUUUCAACAAGGUAUGUUUGUCUCAAAGACCAUGACAGGUUUCCACCAAAAUACUUCAGUGAAGCUGUGAUAGAAGGAUUGGCUUCUGAUGGUGGACUCUUUGUUCCUGAGAAGGAGUUUCCAAAAUUAAGCUGUGGGGAGUGGAAAAGCCUAAUAGGAGCAACCUACGUAGAAAGAGCACAGAUACUUUUGGAAAGGUGUAUUCACCCCGCGGACAUACCUGCCACCAAAUUGGGAGAAAUGAUUGAAACUGCUUAUGGGGACAACUUUGCCUGCUCCAAAAUUGCUCCCGUCAGGCACCUUUCAGGCAAUCAGUUCAUCCUGGAGUUGUUCUAUGGGCCAACAGGGUCUUUUAAAGACUUGUCUUUACAGCUCAUGCCUCAUAUUUUUGCCUACUGUAUCCCACCAAGUUGCAAUUAUGUGAUACUUGUAGCUACUUCAGGAGAUACGGGGAGCGCAGUCUUAAAUGGAUUUAGCCACCUUAAUAAAAAUGACAAGCAAAGGAUAGCGGUGGUCACAUUUUUCCCAGAGAAUGGAGUUAGUGAUUUUCAAAAAGCACAGAUAGUUAACAGUCAGAGAGAAAAUGGAUGGGCAAUAGGUGUCAGGUCAGAUUUCGAUUUUUGCCAGACAGCUAUAAAAAAAAUAUUUAAUGAUUCUGAUUUUACUGGCUUUCUGACCAUGGAAUAUGGGACAAUCUUAAGUUCAGCUAAUUCUAUAAAUUGGGCUCGACUUCUUCCCCAGGUAGUUUAUCAUGCAUCUGCCUAUCUUGAUCUUGUUGGCCAAGGGUUUAUUUCUUUUGGAAGCCCAGUGGAUGUCUGUGUUCCUACAGGAAACUUUGGGAACAUAUUAGCAGCAGUGUAUGCUAAGAUGAUGGGAAUCCCUAUUCGGAAAUUCAUCUGUGCCUCUAAUCAGAACCAUGUUUUGACUGAUUUCAUAAAAACUGGACAUUAUGAUCUGAGGGACAGGAAAUUAGCACAAACCUUUUCACCAUCAAUAGAUAUUCUCAAAUCUUCAAACCUGGAGCGACAUUUAUACUUGAUGGCUAACAAAGAUGGACAGUUAAUGGUGAAUUUAUUUAAUCAGUUGGAGAGUCAGCUUCACUUCCAAAUAGAGAAGAUGCUCGUGGAGAAGCUGCAGCAGGAUUUUGUGGCUGACUGGUGUUCUGAGGGAGAGUGCCUCGAAGCCAUCAGCACUACCUACAACACAUCAGGGUAUAUUUUGGAUCCACAUACCGCUGUUGCAAAGGUGGUUGCAGACAGGAUGCAAGACAAAACCUGCCCAGUGAUCAUCUCAUCGACCGCUCACUAUUCCAAGUUUGCACCUGCUAUUAUGCAGGCACUGAAGAUUAAAGAACUCAACCAGACAUCAUCAAGCCAGCUUUACUUACUGGGCUCAUACAACGCACUACCUCCUCCACAUGAGGCUUUAUUAGAGAGAAUGAAGCAGCAAGGGAAGAUGGAUUACCAGGUUUGUGCUGCUGAUAUCAGCGUCCUGAAGAGUCAUGUGGAAAAACUGAUCCAAAAUCAGUUCAUAAAGAAGUCUGAGUAGAGUAUUUUUCUUGGUAAGAAGCAGAAAUAAAUCUCAAGAAUCAAUUUGGACUGCAAUAGCACUUUGUUUUGUGUAAAUGUUUAUGUGUGCAUCUGUUGGAAAUUCAGUGUCUUGAUCCCUGGGACUGACCUUUACACCUGCAGUGUACCUCCUUGGGUCCUCAGGUCUUCCAGAAGAGACAGAUGGCAGCAUAGUCCCUGGAACCUUAUGUUAUCAAGCUUUAUUCUCUGCUCAUGAUGGGUGUGGCAGAUCUCCUUAACACCCCCCCCCCAACUUCUGAGGGGAACAAAGUAUCUGAUCUGGCAUUUAGCUUGACAUUUAAGAAUAUUUUAAGUUAAGUUCUGUGUCUAUAGCCAUUUAUUGUUUAUUGUUCAGUUUGCUGCUUGAGACAGUUAACUCACAUAGAAGAAGGUAAGGUCACUAAGAUUAGAGUCAUCUUUUUUUUUUUUUAACCCUUUCAGAUUCCAUUUUGGACAAUAGUUGCUUGUAUAUUUCCCACACUAUCCAGUUAGAGAGUUGGCAGAUCAUUAACUGCUCUUAGAAUGUUUGUAGUUGAGUCGAUGAAGUUUGAAAAUCAUGCUAACAUUUAACAGAACCGGGGAGUAGUGGACAUAAAAAUAAAGCCACCUACUUCAAGAGGAAGGUGUUUCAAAGUCAGUAAUAUUCAAAAAGUUUUAAUGAAAGUACAAUUGUAGACAACA